AGGAGGGACUCGCGGUCGGCCUCGAGGAACCGCAAGCCGCGCAGCCGCUCGCGGUCGGCCCAGCGGCCUCGCGACGUCCGCGCCAAGUCUCGCUCCGCGUCUCGCGACCGGCUCCGCAGGGGAGGGGGGCCGCUCCGCGUCUCGCGAGCGGAACCGGCGCGAGCGGAACCGUUCGCGCUCCCCGUCGCCGCCGCCCCCGAGGAAUCGGGGCCUGCGGGCGAGGUCUCGCACGCCGUCCACCGGGAGGCGGGCGAGGGGGGCGAGGGCGGCGACGCCGCUGCUGCCGCCUUCUCGCGACCGUGGCCGGAGGCAGACGUCGCGCGAUCGAGGCCGGAGAGGGAAGUCCAGCGAGUGCUCAAGUCGAGAUCGGCGUCGCGCGAUCGCAAGCAGAAGGCGAGAAGCGGGUCUGCGUCGCCGGGCCGCGGCGGGAGGUCCCGCUCCGCCUCGCCGGACGGUGGCAAGAAGGCAUCCACGGAGGAGAGCGACGUCGCUGCAAGGGGCGCCGAGGCUCGCUCUCGUUCUCACUCGCCCGGCAAGGAGUGCCUCAAAGUGGAGGGAUUGAAGAUUGAACGCGCUGAUGAGGGAGUGGUUGAAGUGGGGGGGAAGGUGGUAAAGGCGGAAGCGGAGGAAGCUGAGGGACUCCGGCUCUGGCAGCCGCUCGCCCAAGCGGCGUCAGGAGUCGCCGAGCCCGCGCGCGCGGCCGUGCAGAGGAAGCGUUCGCGCUCGGACUCGAGGCACAGGACGCCGGCGGACUCCGCCCGUGCCGGCGAUCGGAGCGACGCCACGAAGGGCCGCUCUCGUUCCCGCGACCGCAAGAGGAGGGAGUCGGCUGAAAAGAAGCGCAGGAGCCGCUCGCGCUCGCGGGAUCGCAAGGAUGCGGCAGCCGCUCGGCCGCGGGACGCGAGGCGGAGGUCGCGCUCCCGGGAGGCCAAGAGGAGGUCGGCGUCUCGAACGCGAGAUGCCAAGAGGAGGUCGGCAUCCCGAUCCCGGGAGACCAAGCGCAAAUCCCGCUCCCGAUCCCGGGAAGCCAAGAGGGUAUCGGUGUCCCGUUCUCGUGACGUGAAGAAGAAAUCCCGAUCCAGAUCCCGGGAAACCAAGAGGAAAUCUCGAUCCCGAUCGAGGGAGGUGAAGAAGCGGUCGGCGUCGCGGUCGCGCGACGCCAAGCGGAGGUCUGUGUCCCGGUCACGGGACGCCAAGCGGAGGUCUGUGUCCCGAUCGCGGGACGCCAAGCGGAGGUCUGCGUCCCGGUCGCGCGACGCCAAGCGGAGGUCGCGAUCGCGGUCCCGGGGUCUCCGCCGGAGGUCUCGCUCGCGCUCGAGGGGGGCGAUCGCACGCCGGCGCCUGGGCCGCUCCCGCUCCCCCCGCGAAGGGACGCGACGCGCCGCGCGCUCGCGCUCCCGCGGGGCAAAGCGAGCGUCGCACGACGACGCCGCCGGGGGCAAAAGGCGGCGCUCGCGUGACAAGUCCGACAAAGAGGCGGGCGACGGCAAGGCAACGGAGGCGGCCGCCGCCACCGACGCCGGCGGUGCCGGUGCCGGCGCCGGCGGCGACGCCGAGAAGAAGGCGGCGGGAGAGGAGAAGGCGCAGGAGGGGCGCCGCAAGUCGCGGUCGAGGUCGCGAGGCCCGGCGCGGCGCGGGUUUCGGGUGAGCCCCUUCAGGAUGCGACGGCGGAGGUCGCCGAUGAGGAGGAGGGAGCCCAGCCUGUCGCCGCUGCGCCUCUCCGAGGAGGACAAAGCUCAGCUGUUGGAGAUUGCUCGGGCCAAUUCGACGGUGGUGAACCCUAAGGUGAGCGUGGGCAUCAUGAACUCCAUCGGACCGGCCGCGGCGCUCUUGCCGCUCAUCAUGAACCAGCCGCCGCCGCCUCCGCCGCCACCUCAGCAGCCGUACCAGCCGUCGCCCAAUUCCCCUCCCACGCCGAUCCCCUGGCGGCGCUCGCCAUCCAGCUCGCCAACCAGCAGGCGCUGCCCACCGGCCACAUGGGUGGAGGCGGAGGAGGAACAGGAAUGGGCAACCCCUUCCCGUUCGCGGCCAUGUUCGGUCACGGCGGCAUGGGCGGCAUGGGCGGGAUGGGCAACAUGGCCAGUAUGGCCAACAUUGCCAACAUGGCCGGCAUGGCCAGCAUGGGCGGCAUGUGCGGUAUGGGCACUAUGAGCAGUAUGAGCAGUAUGAGCAGUAUGGGUGGUGG